AUGGAACAGACCCCAUCAGAGGCUGACCCUGGUGUGCCCCAGCUGGGGCAGCCUGCUGUCCUACACUCAUAUAUGUGGAAAGGGAUACGAGAGAAGUUCUUGAAGGGGGAACCCAAAGUCCUUGGGAUUGUACAGGUUAUGAUUGCCCUAAUGAACCUCAGCCUGGGAAUAACAAUGAGUCACUUGAAGAAUUUAAGCUUGGGAAUAACAGAAUCAUAUUUGCGUUUUGGCAGGAGACUAGAGUUGAAACUACUUUAA